AUGAUAAAACUAAUGUUUUUAGCAAUUUUCGCUGCGGUUCUCACACUGCACGUUUUCGUCGAAGGAGGGCUUGUGAAACCAGGGCAUGAAUAUGAUUGCUACUGGAAAGUCGCUAACGCUAGUGAUAGAGUGUGUCGCAACCAUGGUCAAGAUGGAUUUUUCUUUUUCAACUAUUACACUUGUUCAGCACGAUGUAAAUCUGGCAACAUCGAACGGCGACUCCCUCCCGGAAUAACGUGCGGCUAUCAUCAUCUGGAUUGCGUGGGUGAAAUUGGUCAAAACGACGACCCCUUAAUAUGCUUAGGCUGCACACAUGAUGUAAUCGAUAAGCUGAACAGAUGGCAGUCUGGGUGAGCUAUCUGGGCAGUAUUCUGGCCUCUGGUAGUAGAGGUCAAUCCAGACACCAUUGACACUGCAUAUA